UUGAACAUUCCAAAAAGAGACCUGAAACACUCCACUACUACUCCUCCGGCAUCUAAAUCCUCAUUUUAUAGAUUUUGGAAGGGAUCGAAGGCGGUCAUGUCGACCGGCACUGAAAAUACCCUGGAACAGCUCACCUCUACAUCGUUCGCAAGGCUCGCUAUCACGCUCACGGUUCUCGUCGCUACGACGUACUACGGGCGCGUCUUGUACGAUGCUUUCCUCGGCCCGCUCAGCAAAUUCCCAGGCCCAAAACUCCGAGCCCUGAGCAAAGUCCCAGGACUAUACACCACAAUCAUCGGCCGGGACGCCUACGUCCGCUCCUCGCUCCACGAGAAAUACGGGCCGAUUGUCCGCGUGAAUCCCACCGAGUUGUCGUUCAAUGGCGGCGCGGAGGCGUGGGAAGCGAUAUACAGUUUCAAGAAGCCAAAGCCGGUUCGGGAUCCGCAGUUCUAUGCCGUUGGCGUCAAUGGUUGUCCGGAUGUGGUCACGGCAGAUGAAGCGAAUCAUUCGAGACAAAGGAAGAUAUUGUCUACUGGGUUCAGCGACCAAGCGAUGAAAGGGUACGAGCCACUGCUGAAGUCGUGGGCUGAGAAGAUGGUCACGGAGAUGGCGAAGCUAGCUAGCAAGGGCGGGGAAGUGGAUAUGCUCAAGUAUCUCAACUGCACUACUUUCGAUAUCAUGGGUGAUCUGGCGUUUGGCGAGGGCUUGGGGAUGCUCGAAGACGGCGAGCUCUCACCGUGGGUUCAGACCAUCUUCGGCGCGUUCAAAGCCGGGACCUUUUGGCGUUGCGUGAUGCAGUACUCUGCGCUUACCAGCUGGCUAGUCGGGCAGCUGCUGUUCAACAGCAAGCAAGUCCGCGUAAAGCAGUGGGAGAACUUCGAGUAUUGCCAGAGCCGCAUGGAUAAACGACUCGCGAGCGAACCCGCGCAUUCGGAUCUUUGGUCGAGGAUACUAGCAAAGUCCGAUGGUGCUGAGAAGUUGAGUCGGGAUGAAUUCCAUUCGAAUGCUGUUACGUUUAUGGUGGCUGGGACCGAGACUACUGCUACGGCGCUUAGUGGGUUGAUUUAUCUGCUUCAUCAAGACGAAAACAGACAUGCGCUAGAAAAACUGAAGGACGAAGUCCGGGGAAGGUUUUCCAGCGUUGGAGAUAUCACCUUGGAAAGCCUGGCCCGUUUGGAGUACAUGCACGCUAUCAUCCAGGAAGGGCUCCGGGUGUACCCACCUGCUCCGAGUCAACUUCCUCGACGAACGCCUUCUGCAGGAAUGGUAGUCAACGGUAAAUUCAUACCAGGCGAUAUCACUAUCGACGUGCAUCCGCUGGCUACAUUCAAAUCAUCAACACACUUCAAGAACCCGCAGCAAUUCCGGCCAGAGCGAUGGCUCGGGAAUCCCGAGUACAAGGACGACCAUUUGGAUGCCGUAGAGCCCUUCUCGUACGGUCCUCAGAAUUGUUUAGGAAAAAGUCUCGCCUGGCAUGAAAUGCGCCUGCUCCUCGCAGCUCUCAUCCUCAACUUCGACGUCGAACUCGCAGCCGAAAGCAGAAAUUGGAUUGACCAGAGAAUCUACGUGUUGUGGGAGAAGAAGCCGCUCAUGUGCGCAUUGAAACAGGUUUCAAAAUCUAGCUAG